UCUUCCACCUUUACUUUCCACAAUGUAAUUUGAUUGUAACCGACAUCACAUCAUCCAUCCCUACCCUUUUUUGUUUUCAGUUGUAAUUUCCUUUUUCCUCUCUCUUUCUGCGAAAGAACCGCGAAUAGAACAAUAACAAACUGUAGUAUCCUCUCAUUCAUCCUUCAUUUUUAAAAAAUUAUGUACAACAAUGUUUUAUUGCAUUCAAAAUCAAAUUUUAGUCAAAAUUAAUUCAUGGGUUUUUCUUGAAAUUGAAUGAUUCAUUUAUUAAUUAUUUAAAGGAGUAAUCUCUGUACUUUUUGAUUGAUUUUGAAAAGUGGGUUUAGUUAUGAGAUUCAUUGUUGAAAAUGGGUCCUUUUGGAGUUUGUGAGAAAGGAGGAAACAUGUCUGAAUUGGUUGCUCGAACUGGUCGUCUUCAACAACGCUAUGAAGAUGGUUGUCGUCUUGUUGCAGGGUGUAUCCCCUUUAGAUAUAGAAGCUGUGAUGAAAGUGAUGGAACCGAAUCUGAGAAGAUUGUGGAAGUACUUAUGAUCAACUCAACUAGUGGACCCGGUCUUUUGUUUCCUAAGGGUGGCUGGGAAAAUGAUGAAACUGUUGAAGAGGCAGCGAGGCGUGAAGCAAUAGAAGAGGCUGGUGUGAAAGGUGACUUAUUGGAUUGUGUGGGUUACUACAACUUUAAGAGCAAAACUCUGCAAGAUGAUUUUAGUCCAGAAGGCUUAUGCAAGGCCGCUAUGUUUGCAUUACUUGUGAAGGAAGAGCUCGAAUAUUGGCCUGAACAGAGCACUCGGCAGAGAAAAUGGCUAACCAUACCCGAAGCUUUAGAAUGCUGCCGACACCCAUGGAUGCGGAAAGCCCUCGAAGAAGGCUUCAUGGAGUGGCAUGCUAGGUUCACAAACACCGAGUAAGAACUAGAAAUUUAUCCAUACGAAACCGACUUGUUGGAUUGAAGACAAAUGCAUAUAUAUGUAGUCAAGCUAAAACUUUUUCGCUUUCGUUUCCUCCUUCAAGUUUCGCUUGAUUUCAAUUCACGACGCGUACUCAGGAUGUCUGUAGGAGCUUUUGCUUUGAAUUUUUGGUCCCUAGGAAGGGCUGCCAUCUCUUGUUUAUUCUUUUUUCCCUUUUUUCUUUUUUUUUUCCUAUGAAAAACUAUUUAGGCUCAACAUUUUCUAGAACAGUAUUCUGAUUUCCAUUAGAAAACUGUACAUUGUGAAGAGGUCUAUAUGGAGAUUAGACAAUUAAUAAUAUAAUUAAUACA